AUGGAUAAACAGAGGGAGCCCAAAGCACCGCUGGCAUUUCCCUCUCCUGGUCUCACAGGUGCACAGAAGAUAAUCUCGUUUGGGUCCUGUCAAGAGCGGAAAACAUUCCCUCUCCACCAUGCCCCUGACAGGUUGGGGAUCCAGCUAGGAGCCAUCAAGGGAAACCCCCUCCUUGGGCCAGGCUGUUACGAGAGUCAAGAGAAAAGCAGCCUCAGAUACUCGUGGGGAAAAAAAACACUGAGCACGAAAGGCUACGUGAUAGGAGCAAGAACAGCCCAGCGAUUCAUAUCAGAGCCACAGACUGUGACUCCCGGCCCAGGAACGUACCAGUCAUUCUGGAAUAAAGACCAAAAAUGCCAGCCUGCCUAUGCUCCAUUUUCCACUAAGACAUCACGAUUUCCAGAUAAGCCUUCAGAUAAAGAAUUUUUCCCUGGACCUGGAACUUAUGACACAGACAAGCAGUUACACAAGAAGAUCACUUGGCCGAUGAAGUUUGGGUCUCCAGACUGGUCUUUAGUGCCAAUGCCAGCAAAGAGGAUGCUAAAAACAGAGGUACAGAAGCUGAUGGUGGACAGAGAAUUCAUCAAGCAUCGGAACCGUGUGGCCUACCUGAGUUUGUAUGAGAGCUGAGCUGAGGAGCAGCCACGGUACAUCCAGCAGGGCCCUCAGCCCGCUCAGCUCCCAACCUGCUGGUGGAGAUCUUCACCUGCACUCUCCUGCCUCCCCAAUAAAACCUGCUCGAAAAGAGGCAUUUCUUGUUGUUAACUGUGCUUACUUGGUGUGGUGCCUGGUCUCUCCUGCCCCUGAGGGUGUUUGGUACCGCUGGUGCUGGUGCUCAGCAUCCUUUGGCCCCGCUUCCCUCAGCCUUUGGCCCAGGCGGGGCAGCCGCCAUCUUCUGCAGGUCGCAGUGGAGACACCUAACAUGGCCUCCCCUGCCACAAGGGGCUUUUACCCCCCAAACCCAGCCCUUGCU